AUGUCAUCGUGUCAAGAAGAGCGAGUCGCAGACCUCCCUCUGGAGAACUACUGUCCGUACUUCAAGAACCGGGCUCCCGAACCACAACCAGAUUUACGAAAUUGUACCUGGUACCGCGAGAAAUCUUGCUGUUUAUCCAAGGAGUUGGAUAUCAUACUGGAAGACAUUCCGCCCCCAACGGGUGCGAACCAGAAAUGCCUUAAAAUGUUGAACUAUCUUAUGUGCUUUGUAUGCGCUCCAAACCAAAAUGUCUUCUACAAGGACGAGAGAUUGACCGUCUGCAUCGAUUUUUGCAACGAACUUUUCGACGCAUGUGGAAAUGCUUAUCUUAAAGGUUCCAAAAUUAGAGAUUUUUAUUUAUCUGGCACGGACUUCUGUCUCUCGAGAAAGUUUAAAGUCAGUGCCGAAAAGGAUGUGUGUUACUCGCCGUAUAAUGAAGACGAGAGUUCUGCAUCUUCAACUCAAAUUAACGUGUUAUUCCUUAUGCUUGGGACUGUGAUUGUGACUGGACUUUAA